AUGCUGUCUCGAACUCCCCGACCAGACACCAAGCACAAGCGAAAGUCGUCACUACUGGAUCUCUUCGGUCUCGGACAACUCGCAAAGGAAGACCCCCAGGUGCCUGAAAUCUCAGCACCCAUCCCCAGCUCGCUACAGCAGUUCCAUACGACCCCCCAGGAUCUGCAAGGCGAGUUCAUCGAUCUCACUCUGGGCGCCAAACGAGACUCGUCACACUUUCACGCUGAAUGUGAAACGCCGCCCAAACGGCGCUCCUACUACGACCCCAACACAGACCAGCUUUCGCCCAUUCAAAACGUGGACGCCAACGACCUCGUCAACGAAACCAUCUCGCUGCGAAACAGAGACUCCAGCAGGGACUACACUCACCUGUCCCACUCCGCGCAACCGUCACUGUCGGAAUCUCUCCACGACUCCGAGUCACACUGCAUGUCAGAGUCGCAACCGCAGACACCCCAUACAGACUACAACGACGAAUUUGAAGACGACGACGCUGCCAUCCUACAAGCCGAGUGCGUCGAAUUCCAUCAACCGCGAUUCCAGACAAUGAACCCGGCGUCCAUGCACUCUGUCUCCACCAUUGGAGAUGCCUGUGUGCGAGUUGGAUGCUCUUCUCCCGCCUUCUCGGACGCUGAUCCAUUCAAGAAGCGAGAGUCGAUGCUCUCCACCUCCACUCUGGACAGAACCCCCUCGAAAAGAGGCAACAAAAAUGAUCUCAUCGACAGAUACCUCAACUCCCUCUACGAUAGUCAAGAUCACCCUUCCAUCGACGAUGACAUGAACAUGGACGUUGACGAAGAUACUACUCGAGUCUACUAUCAGCAUCCCGUGACUCCUCCCCAGUCCACGUUCAACUUCCCCACAAGAGAUUCCUCUCUGCCCCAAAAUUCACCUCGAAACGAGUUACAAUCUGCAUCUUCCUGUUAUUCUUCUAAUGUGUCUAGCGCCCAAAAGUCCGUUCAGGUGGAAGACGCCUCGUUCGCUAUGAUCAACCCUUACGCCAACGGUUCCCGGUCAUCUUCUGCAUCUGUCAAUGUGGUACCUCGAUCCCGAGUGGCCUCUUCAGGCGGAGUUAACAGAAAGCCUGUUCCUGCCAGACAGGAGGAGUCCGUCAUGGGAGAAUUUGAGAACGAGCUGGCCCGUCUGGACUCCAUUGGUACCUUCACUGAGCUGCCUCCUCCUGUCUCAUACGCCAGUUCUAUCAUCAGCGAUAAGUUGACCCCCCACCCUGCUCUUGUCAAUGCUCGCAACACUGCUCCUGGAAUGGGUUCUCGAAACGGCUCACAGCGAGACAUUUCCCGAGAUAUGGCUGGCAUGUCCAUUGCCUCCUCCUCGACACAGUCGGUCAACCAUGCUGCUCGAAACCCCCAUAUUCAGCAGCACUCCACUACACCUUCUGUUUCUUCUGACAACAGAUCCAAAAGACAUUCUCUCAGUGGCAAGUUUGGUAAGCUUAAGGACUUUGGGCGACGAAUUACACACUCCAAGCCUACUGCUCCUGCUCCUACUCCCGCUGUCUCUUCUGCUGCCCCUACCCCUCGACCUGGUUCUAACAGAUCUGACAACAGCCGACGACGAUCCAUGCUGGGCUUGUUUGGCUCUUCUGGCGAAGACAACAAGAACUCUUCUGCUUCGCACCGACGAACCUCUACUCUUGCUAGCAGCCACAUCAACGUUGCCCCUGUUAUUAACAUGCGGUUCGAGUCUGAAAAGCCCGACAUUGGACGAGGAUUCUAG